UGGUUCAUGUUCCUCCACAGAGAGGACCAGGAGAGCUCAGAGGUUCCCACAGAGUCUGCCCAGCAGCAUCAAACCCACCUGGACUCCAUCUUCAUGCUGCUGGAGGAGAACAUCCUCACCUUUGUGAAGAACGAGCUGAAGAAGAUCCAGAAGGUUUUGAGUUCAGAUUACCCAGAAUGCAUAGAGAAGGAGGAUGAGGAGGUGCUGGAUGAAGAGCAGAGGAGGUUCAGAGAGGCAUUUGUGAAGAUCUCAGUGCACUUCCUGAGGAGAAUGAAGCAGGAGGAUCUGGCUGAGCGUCUGCAGAGCAGACUUCCUGCUGCAGUUUGUCAGCGUGAACUCAAAUCCAACCUGAAGAAGAAGUUCCAGUCUGUGUUUGAGGGCAUCGCUAAAGCAGGAAACCCAACCCUUCUGAAUGAGAUCUACACAGAGCUCUACAUCACAGAGGGAGGGACUGCAGAGGUCAAUGAAGAACAUGAGGUCAGACAGAUUGAAACAGCAUCCAGGAGACCAGCCAGACCAGAAACAACCAUCAGACAAGAAGACCUCCUCAACGCCUCAGCUGGAGGAGAAGAACCAAUCAGAACAGUGAUGACUAAGGGAGUGGCUGGCAUUGGGAAAACAGUCUUAACACAGAAGUUCACUCUGGACUGGGCUGAAGACAAACACCACCAGGACAUACAGUUCACAUUUCCAUUCACCUUCAGAGAGCUGAAUGUGCUGAGAGAGAAGAAGUUCAGCUUGGUGGGACUUGUUCAUCACUUCUUCAGUGAAACCAGAGCAGCAGGAAUCUGCAGGUUUGAAGAGUUUCAGGUUGUGUUCAUCUUUGACGGCCUGGAUGAGUGUCGACUUCCUCUGGACUUCCACAACAAUGAGAUCCUGACUGAUGUCACAGAGACCUCCUCAGUGGAUGUGCUCCUCACAAACCUCAUCAGGGGGAAGCUGCUUCCCUCUGCUCGCCUCUGGAUAACCACACGACCUGCAGCAGCCAAUCAGAUCCCUCCUGAGUGUGUUGGCAUGGUGACAGAGGUCAGAGGGUUCACUGACCCUCAGAAGGAGGAGUACUUCAGGAAGAGGUUCAGAGAUAAGAAGCAGGCCAGCAGGAUCAUCUCUCACAUCAAGACCUCACAAAGCCUUCACAUCAUGUGCCACAUCCCAGUCUUCUGCUGGAUCACUGCUGGAGUUCUGGAGGACGUGUUGAAGACCAGAGAGAGAAGAGAUCUGCCCAAGACCCUGACUGAGAUGUACAUCCACUUCCUGGUGGUUCAGUCCAAAGUGAAGAAGGUCAAGUACGAUGGAGGAGCUGAGACGGAUCCACACUGGAGUCCAGAGAGCAGGAAGAUGAUCGAGUCUCUGGGAAAACUGGCCUUUGAUCAGCUGCAGAAAGGUCACCUGAUCUUCUAUGAAUCCGACCUGACAGAGUGUGGCAUCGAUAUCAGAGCAGCCUCAGUGUGCUCAGGAGUGUUCACUCAGCUCUUCAGAGAGGAGAGAGGACUGUACCAGGACAAGGUGUUCUGCUUCGUCCAUCUGAGUGUUCAGGAGUUUCUGGCUGCUCUUCAUGUCCAUCUGACCUUCUUCAGCUCUGGUGUCAAUCUGCUGUCAGAAGAACAAACAACCUCCCGGCAGUCUAAACGCUUAAAACACAAACCUGGACCAAUGCGUCUCUACCAGAGUGCUGUGGACCAGGCCUUACAGAGUCCUAAUGGACACCUGGACUUGUUCCUCCGCUUCCUCCUGGGUCUUUCCCUGGAGACCAAUCAGACUCUCCUACGAGGUCUGCUGACACAGACAAGAAGUACCUCACAGACCAAUCAGGAGACGGUCCAGUACAUCAAGGAGAAGAUCAAUGAGAAUGUGUCACCAGAGAAAAGCAUCAAUCUGUUCCACUGUCUGAAUGAACUGAAUGAUGGUUCUCUAGUGGAGGAGAUCCAACAGUCCCUUAGUUCAGGACGUCUCUCCACAGAUAAACUGUCUCCUGCUCAGUGGUCAGCUCUGGUCUUCAUCUUACUGUCAUCACAAGAAGAUCUAGAGGUGUUUGACCUGAAGAAAUACUCUGCUUCAGAGGAGGCUCUUCUGAGGCUGCUGCCAGUGGUCAAAGCCUCCAACAAAGUUCUGUAA